CAUUGCACUUUCCCCCUUCAUUAUAAUAACACUGUAGCGUCCUGUUUCUCAAUAGUCUUUGAUCACGAACGCGGCUGCUGUCAAAAUAAUCGCGUUCAAAUAAUGGUAACUACAAAUCAUCUACUCAACAUUUAGCAGAACUAGCAGAACUGUCCGGAGACUUUUUCCUUUUGUGUGUGAGACAUCACCACGCAGGAUCACUGAUUGACAGUAUGCUGAAUAUAGUAUGCCGAGAUUGUGAACGUGCUCUUCUAAUUGGUCGCAGUGUCUUGUGUAUUACAUGCUGCGGGACGCAGACAUGGUCAGAUCCCGCUGAUACAUUAUAAAUCGUAUUGAGAGUAUAAAAUUAAUACCAGAUACAGGCAAUGUUGAGAGUUUAAAAUGGACUUAAGUCGUAAACGCAGGCUGACAUUCUUCACUAUAGGACUUAUCUUCUUACUGAGCGGCAUCGAGUAUGCUGUGAUUUUGCCCACAAUAUGGAGUUAUCUGCAGACACUAAAUGCGGCACCAUACUUCCUCGGUCUCAGCCUAUCAGCAUUCAGCUUCAGCGGGCUUCUUGCCGGCCCUUUGUUUGGCCACUGGUCGGAUCGCACACGCACCACCAAAAAAAUUAUCCUGUUUGCAAACAUAUUCGAGAUUGUUGGUAAUUUCAUGUAUUUUAUGGGAUAUUCAAAAUGGUUAUUGCUCUGUAGUCGUCUAGUUGCAGGCAUUGGUACUGGUGCUGGUUCAUCUAUUUUUGGCUUCUUGACUAGAAAUACUGUGCCUGAUGACCGAUCCACAGUAUUUGCUGCUGUUAUGGCCUGUCGGCAAGCCGGGCUGCUCAUCGGUCCUGCAUUUAACAUCUUUCUUAGGCUCUGUAACUUCCAGUUGGGCCCCUUCGUAGUGAACAAAUACACAUCUCCAGGGGGAUUCAUGUGCCUCCUGUGGAUCCUUCUCCAGUUUGUAGUCAUGUUCUUGUACUGGGAUAUCAUUCCUCAAGACGAUACACAUGAGAGAAACAAGAUCAUACAAGAAGAGGUCGAGGAAGAUGUUGAAGAGAAUGCAGAGAGCAAACCAUUAGUUGGGCCUCAUGAGCUCACAGGGUCAUAUGGCACAGUCACCAGUGUCCAGAUCAGAGCCACCCAUGUUUCUCCUCCACCCACACCUCCACCCGAGGAAGUGAAAACAAGUCCCUUCAAGAACUUUAGUGCCAGCAGAGAGUUUCUCAGAGAGGAGGUGGUGGUUCUGUUGGCAGCUCAAUUUAUCACACUGUUUAAUCAGACCGCUCUAGAGACUAUGGUGACUCCUAUGACACAGAAGUUUUUUAACUUUGGUGAGCUGGAGAACAGCAUCAUGUACUGCAUGUGUGGCGUAGAGGUGAUAGCCGGCUUCCUGUUUGUGCGCUGGUUAAGUAUGCACGUGGCGGAGCGAGUUGUAUUGGCCGUCGGUCUCAUCCUCUGCAAUAUUUCCUGCGUCUGGUGCCUUAUAUUUUUGGCUAAUCCCCUGGGUGGAUUUGCGUGGCAGCUGGCAGAGUUUAUCAUUGGGGUUUUUCUUCAGGUCCUGGGCCUCCCUUUUGUGGCGGUCGCACAGGUAUCGCUCUUCUCCAAAAUAACACCAGAGAAGACACAAGGAUUCAGUCAGGGAAUCCGGCGUUCUGUUGGUGGACUGGCCACCAUUUUUGGUCCUCUCUGGGCGGGAGGUCUGACUUCUAACCUUUAUCUGAUGCUUGGGGUGAUGAUGGGUCUACUUGUACUUCUCACUAUUAUGGUGGUGAUCUCAUACGAGCGUCUGGUGGAGCCAGUGGCCACAAGAGACAAUCUGACAGGCUCACAAUCUGAGGAUUGAGACGAGGUAUUCGAUUAAUGCGAUUAAGGUUGCAAUUGUAUCAGAGCAAGCAGACAUUUCACAUAAAUGGAAGUGACUAAAGGCCUGUUCACACCAAUAAUAAAGAUAACUGUAAUAAUAACUGGUUACACACACACCAUUAAACAAAAACGUUCUGUUUUCAAAACUCGCACACUGUAGUUUCACAUUUUAAAUGUAAAUUCAAGUCCUAUAAAUGCAAGUUAAUUUUGAUUGGCAAUGUUUUUUUGUUUAUCCAUUGGAAAAAAAUAACUCGGAAAAUGAUCCCGACUAUUUCUUUCCACCGUAUCUUUAUUGUUAUGGUUUUAUUGUAGAAAAAUGUAUAAAACUUUAUUUGGUAACAUUUUAGGAUAAGAAUGUAUCAGUUACCAUUAGUUAAUGCAUUAGCUAACAUGAACUGACAAUGAGCACUUCAGUAUUUCAGGAUUUAUUUAUAUUUGUUUAUAUUAGUGAAUGCCAAUACAAUUGAUCAUAUGAAUGUAUUGCGCACUAAUGUUAGCAGUUCCAGCUUUUGAUAAUAAAAUAUUAAUAAAUGCUAAAAUUAAAAAAACUUGUUGAAGUAUUUUUUGUUAGCUAAUGUCAACUAUUUACAUGUCAACAAAAGCAACUUUAUUUAAAGUGCCUGCCUUCAUUUUUUAUAUAUCAUUGAUAAUUUAUAUAAAACCAGUCAUAUGGGUCAAUUUUUCGAAAUUAAGAUGUUUGCAUUAACUGAAAGCUGAAUAAAAAAGCUUUCAAUUGAUCUAUGAGUUGUUAGAAUAGGACAAUGUCUGGCCGAGAUACAACCUUUUAAAACUCUGGAAUAUGAGGGUGCAACAAUCAAAAUAUUGAGAAAAUUGCCUUUGAAGUUGUUAAUCAGGGGCACUGUAGCAGGCCAUCAACUUAAAAAAUAAAGACUUUAUAUAUUUAAAGUAGAAAAGUUAAAAAAUAUCUUAAUGGAACAUGAUCUUUACUUAAUAUCCUAAUGAUUUUCGGCAUAAAAGAAAAAUAUAAAAAUUUGACCCAUACAAUGUAUUUUUGUCUUUUAGUAAAAAUGUUCCCAUGCUACUUAAUAGUACUUUUGUGAUCCAGGGUCACAUAUAUCCUAUUUAAAGGUUUGAGAGUUUAUGACAGACCAGAUAUCACAUUGGAAAAUAAAUGUUUAAAAAGCCAUUUCCUCAAUUUUAACUAAACUACUGACGUUAAU